GUUUUUGGUCUGAAACCAAACAAAUUCAACUCCACCAUACAAAAACCAAACUCUUUUUAAUUCAUUCAUUCAAGUUUUUUCUUUUCAAUCUCACAUUUCUAAUCUCAGAAAAACAAAAAUCCAAAUAGAAAAAGAAAAACCCAUUUUUUUGCACUGAUUCUCUUCAUUUUUUAUUCAUCAAAAAUGGCGGAAUAUGAUCUCACUUCACCUCUCCUUUCCCCUCGAUCUUCCGAUCAACCCCAAACCGUCCUCACCGUCGAUGAAGAUUCCGAACCCUCCGAUCAAUCUCCGUCCAAUCAUCAACCUCCCCUCCAAACGCACAACGACGAGAAAACCACCCUCACUUCUUCCAACCCGUACGCUUUUCUCGGGUCGGACGCACACUCUGUUCCGGCACCGACAACCGUCGACCCAUUUCGAAACGGAACGCCGUUUAUUUCUGGGGUUUACGAGGCAGUAAAGAUCGUACUGUGUUUGCCGAUAAUGUUACUGAGACUGGUCUUGUUUGGGGCAUGUUUGGCUGUGGGGUAUAUUGCUACUAGGAUAGCAUUGGAAGGGUGGAAAGAUAAACAAAACCCAAUGCCUAAAUGGCGGUGUAGAAUCAUGUGGGUCACUAGAAUUUGUGCUCGGUUUAUACUUUUCUCUUUUGGUUACCAAUGGAUUAGAAGAAAAGGGAAACCAGCUCCAAGAGAGAUUGCUCCAAUUGUUGUAUCUAAUCAUGUAUCAUAUAUUGAACCUAUAUUUUAUUUCUACGAAUUGUUUCCUACAAUUGUUGCUGCAGAGUCACAUGAUUCAAUGCCUUUUGUUGGAACUAUUAUUAGAGCAAUGCAGGUGAUAUAUGUUAAUAGAUUCUCACCGGCAUCAAGAAAGAACGCUGUAAACGAAAUAAAGAGAAGGGCUUCAUGUGAUAAAUUUCCUAGAGUGCUACUAUUUCCCGAGGGAACCACGACCAAUGGGAAGGUCCUUAUUUCGUUUCAACUCGGGGCAUUCAUCCCUGGUCAUCCGAUUCAACCUAUAAUCGUUCGUUAUCCUCAUGUACACUUUGAUCAAUCCUGGGGGCUUAUAUCUUUGGCUAAGCUCAUGUUUAGAAUGUUUACUCAGUUUCAUAAUUAUAUGGAGGUAGAAUAUCUCCCUAUCAUUAUGCCCCCUGAUAAUGAAAAACUGAGUGCCGUCCACUUUGCUGAGAGGACUGGUCAAGCUAUGGCAAGUGCUCUUAAUGUUGUACAAACAUCUCAUUCAUAUGGGGAUUUAAUGCUCCUAAUGAAAGCUGCUGAACUGCAACAAGAAAGGCCCUGGAGUUAUAUGGUUGAAAUGGCCAGGAUUGAAUCGCUGUACCAUAUUAGCAGCUUGGAGGCCGUGGACUUUCUGGAUAAGUUUCUUUCCAUGAAUCCGGACACUAGUGGCUGUGUUAAACUUCAUGAUUUUUCGAGGGGCCUACGACUAAAGGCAUGUAAACUUUCUGAAGAGAUUUUUGGGUUCCUUGAUGUGGAGAAGAAUGGAUCAAUUACAUUCAAGCAGUUUUUAUUCGGGGUAGCUCAUGUUAUGAAGAAACCACUAUUCAUGCAAGCUUGUGAAUUAGCAUUUGCCGAAUGUGAUGUUAGGGGAGAUAACUACUGCAUGAAGGAAGAAUUAUCAAACAUCCUUAGACAUGCAAUUCCAGACUUGAAUGAAGAUGAGGUCCAUGGACUGUUGAACCUAUUUGAUUCAAACAAUGAUGGGAGAAUCAGCAGGGAUGACUUCAUUACCUGUCUGAGAAAAAACCCUUUGUUGAUAGCAUUGUUCUCACCCAGAUUGCUGCAAAAGGACUUCUCCAGAGGUGGUGAUAGAAUGUUGCAGGAUAUUGUUUGAUGGGGUGUAUGUACCCUUGUCUUUUGCAAUAGAUUGGUUUUUUUUUUUUUUUUUGGUGUGCUAUAUUUGUGAGAAAGAGUUUCAUUUACACUGGUAUAAACCUCAAUCAAUUCGGUAACAUUUUAUAUGAUCAAAAUAUAAGAGCCAUUCACUUGUUACAUUUCAUACUUUGUAUUCUUCGAAAUUUAAUCGUAUUUUUUAGACUUUAAAAUUUAA